AACAUCUGCACUACUCGAGGCGUGAGCUCCUGCCAGCAGUGUCUAGCUGUGAGUCCCAUGUGUGCCUGGUGCUCAGAUGAGUCCUUGCCUCCAGGCACACCUCGCUGUGACUUGAAGGAGAACUUGCUAAAGGACAACUGUGCCCCAGAUGAUAUUGAGUUCCCAGUCAGUAAGGCCACAGUAUUGGAGGCUAGACCCCUCAGUGACAAGGGCUCUGGAGACAGCUCCCAGGUUACUCAAGUCAGUCCCCAGAAGAUUUCACUCUCACUACGACCAGAUGAUUCGAAGAGUUUCUCCGUCCAAGUGAGGCAGGUGGAAGAUUACCCUGUGGACAUUUAUUAUCUGAUGGACCUGUCUUACUCUAUGAAGGAUGAUCUAGAGAAGAUCCAUAAUCUGGGUACCAAGCUGGCCUCCCAGAUGCGCAAGCUCACCAGUAACCUGCGUAUUGGUUUUGGGGCCUUUGUGGACAAGCCUGUGUCACCAUAUAUGUAUAUCUCUCCACCAGAGGCCCUCAAAAAUCCAUGCUAUGAAAUCAAGACCACCUGCUUGCCUAUGUUUGGCUACAAACAUGUUUUGACGCUAACUGACCAGGUGACCCGCUUCAAUGAGGAGGUGCAGAAGCAGAACGUGUCACGAAAUCGAGAUGCCCCAGAGGGUGGCUUUGAUGCCAUCAUGCAGGCUACAGUCUGUGAUGACAAGAUUGGCUGGAGAAAUGAUGCAUCUCAUUUGCUAGUGUUUACUACUGAUGCCAAAACUCAUAUAGCAUUGGAUGGAAGACUGGCAGGAAUUGUCCAGCCCAAUGAUGGGCAGUGCCACAUUGGCGCUGACAACCAUUACUCUGCCUCCACUACCAUGGAUUAUCCCUCUCUGGGAUUGAUGACUGAGAAGCUUUCACAGAAUAACAUCAAUUUGAUCUUUGCAGUGACUGAGAACGUUGUCAAUCUUUACCAGAAUUACAGUGAACUCAUCCCGGGGACCACAGUAGGGGUUCUGUCCAAAGAUUCCAGCAAUGUCCUUCAGCUCAUCGUUGAUGCCUAUGGGAAAAUCCGCUCUAAAGUAGAACUGGAAGUGCGUGACCUCCCUGAGGAAUUGUCUCUGUCCUUCAACGCCACAUGCCUCAACGACGAGGUCAUCCCAGGCCUCAAGUCUUGUGUGGGACUCAAGAUUGGAGACACGGUGAGCUUCAGCAUUGAGGCCAAGGUGCGUGGCUGCCCCCAGGAGAAGGAGAAGUCCUUCACCAUCAAACCUGUGGGCUUCAAAGACAGCCUCACCGUCCAGGUCACCUUCAACUGUGACUGUGCCUGUCAGGGCUGGGCUCAGCCUCACAGUUCCCAAUGCAACAAUGGCAAUGGGACCUUCGAGUGUGGGGUGUGCCGCUGUGGGCCAGGCUGGCUGGGGCCCCAGUGUGAGUGCUCAGAGGAGGACUACCACCCCUCGCAGCAGGACGAGUGCAGCCCCAAGCAAGGCCAGCCCAUCUGCAGUCAGAGGGGCGAGUGCCUAUGUGGCCAGUGUGUCUGCCACAGCAGUGACUUUGGCAAGAUUACGGGCAAGUACUGUGAGUGUGAUGACUUCUCCUGUGUCCGCUACAAAGGGGAGAUGUGUUCAGGUCACGGCCAAUGCAGCUGUGGGGACUGCCUCUGUGACUCCGACUGGACUGGCUACUACUGCAACUGUACCACACGCACCGACUCCUGCAUGUCCACCAACGGGCUGCUGUGCAGCGGCCGGGGCAAGUGUGAAUGUGGCAGCUGCAUGUGCACCCAGCCAGGCUCCUAUGGGGACACCUGUGAGAAGUGUCCCACCUGCCCUGAUGCCUGCACCUUUAAGAAGAAUUGUGUGGAAUGUAGGAGGUUUGAACGAGGAGAACUGCACGAGGAAAACACGUGUAACCUUUACUGCCGUGAUGAGAUUGAGCCCGUGAAGGAGCUUAGGGACACUGGGAAGAAUGCAGUGAAUUGUACCUACAAGAAUGAAGAUGACUGUGUGGUCAGAUUCCAGUAUUAUGAAGACUCCAGUGGCAAGUCCAUUCUGUAUGUGGUGGAAGAACCAGAUUGUCCCAAGGGCCCUGACAUCCUGGUGGUGCUUCUUUCAGUCAUGGGGGCUGUUCUACUCAUCGGUCUUGCUACGCUGCUCAUCUGGAAACUCCUCAUCACCAUCCACGACCGGAAAGAAUUUGCUAAAUUUGAAGAAGAGCGAGCGAGAGCAAAAUGGGACACGGCCAACAAUCCACUGUAUAAAGAGGCUACAUCUACCUUCACCAACAUCACCUACAAGGGCACCUGA